GGAAGAGAGACGCGUCCGGAUAUCUGAAACAAAAGUCACUCAAGUGUAUUUUCAUGCGGUUGAUUAUAGACUGUUCUGUGAUUACAUCAUCCCAGUCCACUCAGCUUGAUUUCUGUUCAUGAAGAGCAUUUCCAUUUCAGGACAUCAUGGGUAUAUUAUCAUGUCUCUUAGAGGCUGUUGGGAGGUUCUUUUUACUGGUGGAUGAGUGCUAUUUACUAUUGUGUGGUCUCAUGUCAAAUUUCUUUUCUGAACUAUCUUCAAGCAAGCCAAAAAGAUAUCUGUUUGCUGCCUUUGUGACUGUAUCAAUUUUAAUACUGACAUUCACACAGAGAUCAAUUGUGACCUCCACUGAGACACAAAGUUUUAACUGCUUUACUAAAGCAGCAGUGGCAGCGGAUGCUGGGACUUGCUCUGAGAUUGGGAGGGACAUCUUGAUGCGUAAAGGUUCAGCAGUUGAUGCUGCUAUUGCCACUCUGCUGUGUUUGAGUCUGUUUAAUCCUCACAGUAUGGGCAUCGGAGGAGGGGGGGUUUUCAUCAUAUACAAUUCAUCAACAGGAAAGGUGGAGAUGAUUAAUGCCAGAGAAACUGCUCCAAUGAGUGCCUCAGAGAACAUGCUUGGCAAUGACACAUCGAAAAAAGCAGCAGGGUUGUUUAUAGCUGUACCAGGAGAACUGCGUGGUUAUGAGUUGGCACACAAAAGACAUGGGAGACUGACAUGGAAGGAGCUGUUUGAGCCCAGUAUAAAGCUGGCAUUAGAUGGAUUUCAGGUUGGCAAGGCCUUGGCCAAAGCCAUUCAACAGAAUGAAGACAUAAUUCUGAAUAAUGAAACAUUGUGUGAAGUGUUUUGCAGCUCAAAUCACAAGACAAUCUUGAAGGAAAAUGAUCCUAUAAGAUUUCCCAAACUCGCUCUCACCUAUAAGAAGAUAGCAGAAGAAGGACCAGAUGCCUUUUAUGAUGGGUCAUUGACUCAGGAUAUACUGGAUGUCAUAAAUUCUGCAGGAGGGAUCAUAACGCGUGAAGACCUUAAGGGUUAUAAGCCAGUGCUGAAUGAGUAUACAUUAAACUUUACUGUGGGCAAUUACAUGGUUCAUACUCCUAAUGCUCCAUUCGGUGGACCUGUGCUCGCUCUGAUUCUCAACAUACUCAAAGGUUACAACUUGUCAAGCAGCAGUGUGUCCACUAUAAGGAACAAGACCUUGACCUAUCAUCGUAUGAUUGAAGCUUUCCGCUUUUCUGAAGUCCAGAAGAGUAAACUGGGAGACCCACUCGAUGAAAACAAUACUGAGAUUGUUUUACAGAUUGUCAAAAAUAUAACCUCAGACAGCUUUGCAGACUACAUCAGGAGUAAGAUUAAAGAUGACAUCAAACAACAGAGAUACGAUGACCAGUAUGAGAUUUAUGCAGCUGAUGACCAUGGCACAUCUCACCUGUCUGUCAUCGCAGAAGAUGGGAGUGCAGUGGCUGUCACCAGUAGUAUCAAUGACUUUUUUGGUUCUAAGGUGAUGUCACGCUCAACAGGCAUUAUAUUUAAUGAUGUAAUGCUGGAUUUCAUUGAUCCUGACAUGACAACUGGACUUGACAAAUAUAAUUUAAUCAAGCCAGGAAAAAGGCCACUUUCAUCAAUGUGUCCCACAAUCAUCUUGGACAAACACAGCAAACAAGUCAAAAUGGUAGUUGGAGGUGCAGGUGGGACAAAUAUCACCACAUCAGUUGCUCAGGUGAUCCUGAAUUAUCUGUUCUUUGGCUAUGACCUGCAGAAAGCUGUUAGAGAACCCAGAGUUCAGAUACCAAAACUUGUGACCGAUGUAGAAGAGUGCUUUGAUAUGAGAGUAAUUAAUGGCUUGAAGUUAAAGAAUCAUACUAUACUUCAGAAUGCUGAACUAUCAGUGAUCCAGGCAGCUGUACAACAGGAGGACAAAAUAUGUGCUGAAUCUGACUGCCGGAAAGGUGGCUAUCCUGAUGGAUACUGAGAGCAAAGCUCCUGUGAUUACACUGCUGUAGUCAAACAUGUGUUUGAAACAACUAAAGAACAGCUUUGUCCAGUGAGCUCCACAGUUGUUGGGUUGUUUCAUUGGUGACAAUAAAACAUUGACGGGUAUUUUUCACAAAGCUUUUCAUAAAUAACAUACUGUUUCAAUAUGCACUAUGAUAUAGCAUGGUUCCUUUUUUCAAUAUUCCAGCUUGAUCUUUUCAUUUUUAUUAGGGAUGCACAAUACCACUUUUUUCCAGUACUCGCCUGAUAUCAAUACUUU